AAUUUAGAAUACAGCACGAAUCAGCUCCAGCUAUAAAGUUGCGUGUAGACUAUACAUCGAAUUCAGCACUUCCGCGACUGUCAACGGCCAGAGAUUCUUACACCAUGAGUGCUACAGUGAAGGAAAAUAUCCCCGCCCCGGUUGCAAAAGCAGACAACGUUCUAUCCUUGCGAAGUGCAUCCGGCGGUCUUGACACAGAUUUGACAGCUGCUGCAGUGAGACAGUGUACUCAAUCGCUGACAGACGAUAAGGUCAUCGCCGUGCCCACAGACACCAUCUACGGACUGGCGACUCGUGCACAGUCCAGUUUGGCUGUGAAGAAGCUGUAUGAUAUCAAAGGCCGCAACUUCUUUAAGCCUAUUGCCAUAUGUGUGGCGAGCGUGCUAGACGUACAGAAAUACGGAGAUGUUAGUGAGUUGCCGCCAGGCUUGCUGGAGAAACUGCUCCCAGGUCCAGUGACAGUCAUCCUGAGGCGCACCACAACACUCAACCCCGACCUAAAUCCGUACACUAAUGUUGUGGGGAUCCGAGUGCCCGACAAUGACUUCGUGCUACAGCUGAUGAAAUCCUGCGACAGUGAAUUCGGACCCCUGGCGCUUACCAGCGCAAACAUGGCUGGAGAAGAGAGUGCUGUGUGCGUAACCGACUUUGAGAAGUUAUGGCCCAAAAUCAGCUCAGUAGUCGACGGUGGCAAGGUGGGCGUGGCAAAGACAGGGUCGACCAUAGUCGAUCUAAGCGUCAGGGGGAGAUACCGUAUAGUACGAGACGGUAGUGCAUUGCAGGAGACCACACAGACUUUAGAGGCACACGCCCUAACCCAAAUAGACGGUGCAGAGAGUAAGCUCAACGCCGCCCGAGCGUACGAGGUGGCUCUGUUGGACAUAGAGGGCACCACCACACCCAUCACCUUUGUGCAUGACGUGCUAUUCCCAUACGCCAAGGACAAUGUGGAAAGACUCAGCUCUAUUGUCUUGUUAAGCACGUGCUUGCCCGUUGUGUGUGACGAACUGCAUGGUGACACAGCCAUCGGCCCUCGUAAACCGAGAGAGAUGUCGGACAAUGCCACAGCAUACAACCCCACAUGUCUGGGUGCGGGUGCCCAUACACCCGUGUUCACGGGCACGAAUACUCAGGCGAACGUUAUCAUGCCAGUACACAAACGCACAUCAACCACGUAUCUCAAAGCGAACUGGACGACAGCCGACUGUCAGGAUGUUGUGCAGCAACUGCGUGUGUUGGCGACUACGGAUGCGGAGAGUGGCAUAGAGGGUGCUGUUACUAUACCACCCACACCUACAGACACAACAGAUGAGAAGAAUGCAGAGUUAAGCGAGGCUGAGACGUCGUGUAUUGAGUGUGUAGUGAAGUCUGUGCGGUGGCUAAUGAGUGCUGAUCGCAAAGUGGGACCACUCAAACUACUGCAGGGCCGCAUAUGGACAGACGCCUACGCAACGGGCGAGAUCAAGGGAGCGGUGUACGAUGAUGUGGUGCCCGUAUUAGCCGAAUGGAAGGCUAACGGAGUAGACGCGUACAUAUACUCAUCUGGUAGCAUUGCGGCGCAGAAACUGCUGUUCCAAUACUCUGAGAAAGGGGACAUACUGCCGUACUUCAG